AUGGGUGAUGGAAAUCUUGAAGUGGGAUGGUACAGAUUUAACAGUUCCGGAGGACGAAAGAUUCCCGAGAUAGUUGUUCGUGGUCAUCGCUGCUCCGGGCAGAACCCAGGCUGGUUAAAUGGUUCCCAUCCCAGCGUGGGAGAACAGGAGGUAACCAGGAGUGUCUGUUUCAGCUCAGGUGAAAACACCUGUUCCUGGAGCUUGGAGAUCAAGGUGAAAAACUGCACCGGUUACUUUGUGUACUGGCUGAAGCCAACCCCUGCAGAUCACACUGUGUAUUGUACAGCUGCAGACUCCGCACUCGCUGAUCCAUGUGUAACCCACACCGUCCUGGAUCAGCCCUGGAGGAGCACAGAUUGUAACCACACUGAGUGUACUGGUGGACAAUGGAUGGGUGAUGAAUAUCUUGAAGUUGGAUGGUACAGAUUUAACAGUUCCAGGGGACAGAAGAUUCCUGAGACGGCCGUUCAGGGUCAUUGCAGCUCCGGGAAGAAACCAGGGUGGUUAAAUGCCACAGACUCCGCACUCGGUGAUCCAUGUGUAACCCACACCGUCCUGGAUCAGCCCUGGCGGAGCACGAAUUGUUCCAAUGCUGAGCACACUGAUGGGCAGUGGAAGGGUGAUGAAUAUCUUGAAGUUGGAUGGUACAGAUUUAACAGUUCCGGAGGAUGGAAGAUUCCCGAGACGGUCGUUCCGCAGGGUCACUGCUCCGGGGAGACCCCAGGCUGGUUAAACGGUCUCCAUCCCAGCCUGGGAGAGGGGGAGGUGACCAGGACUGUCUGCUUCACUGAGGUUGAAGACUCAUGUUCCUGGGACUAG